AUGAAUAGUCGCAAGUUUUUGUGUUUCUGGCUAUUUCUUCAGUUUGUAUCUAUUGUGUACGGAGCUCGGGGCACCUUUGGUAAACCCACUGAUGAUAAGUUUCAGAUGUUGAUUGCCGGUGGCAUAAUACCGGAUAAUGCCAAAUUUGUGAGGAAUUUGGUAUCGAUUCGGACGAUGGAAUUCAUUGAAUACGCUGGUGACAAUCAUUUCUGCACAGGCGUUAUUAUCAGCAGUAAGACAAUUCUUACGGCGGCUCAUUGUGUUACGGAUAGUCACAAUUCGGUUAUGCAUCCACGUGGAUUGCUGAUUGUCUUUGGGAACUUGUUCCGACUCGGAAAGUACGAAAGAAGUGACACCCGACGUGUUGAAAAAAUUGUGGUCCAUCCACAAUAUAGCCGAUUUAAGAAGUACGAUGUCGCUAUACUUAAACUGGCCCAUCGCAUUCCCUCAAAUUUGCGUAAUGUCAAGCCAGUUGUAAAACGAAAGCGCACGGUCCGUAUGCCAAUGAGAUCAUGUACCUGGACGUUAUUGUUCGCCAUCCUGAGCACUGUUCUGAUCUCAAGUUUUUCACAAAGGAGAGCAACAUUUGUGCGGAGCCGCAAGCAGAAGGAGAACUUUGUCCAGGCGAUUUGGGUGGCCCAUUGA